CACCGCGUUGGUACCGGCAGAUUCACAUUCAGGCUACAGUAAAGGGGAGUAAGCGUACAUUUCGCAGGAAUCAAGCGAUCAUCGUGUGAUACAAACAAGCGUGCAAACAAGAAGAAGCAGAGCAGAGUGCGAGAUAAAAAAAAAACAUUUUCCAACCCUGUUUACUGUGGCUGUGUGUGCAAUUCAUAAAGUGAGUCGUCUCAAGCCGCCCCCCAGAACGCCAUCGUCUAGAACGCACACGCAUACACACGCGCAGCGUCAUUCUCACGAUCAAACACCACCCGUACGGCCUCGAUCAAGAUCGACGCUGCUCCACAAAAUUACCGACAAACGCGUGAGUGUGUGCGAAGGAGUAAGAAAAAACAGGCACCGAAAUAGAGGGAGAGAGAGGCAAAGAGAGUGAGCGAGUGCGAGAGAUACGACGAUACAUAGAGGGGUGCAUCUUAUCACUCGGCGAUUGUGUUCGACUCGCCUGCGACGCGCUGAGCCCACGCACACAUGCACCAGUGUGUGGAACUGAGAGAGCGAGAGAGCCGCAAAGCCUAAGUGAUCGCCGACGGAUCGAGAAUCAUUCUUUCCAACUCCGACUACCGAAGAAACAACAAGCAGUCAGCAGCAGCAGCAGGACGACUUUAGCGGUUUUAGAUUUUCAUUCAUUGGUGCCUUUGUGUGAACAAUUCUGUCUCGUGUUUCUGUGUGUGACUUUGCGGAAAGUAGUGCGUUACUGUGCAUCACUGUGAAGUUCCAGCCGUUUGUCGCGUGCAAAUUUCCAUUUCAAGAGACAACCAAUCAAUAUUCCGGCUGUUUUCCGGUCUCGUAUAAGAUGUCGACAAGCGGUGCAGCAAAGAAUGGAAGCGCUGUCGCCAGCAAUGGCACUCAGCAGCAUCAUGCCAGCAACGAACCAGCGGCAGCGGCGGCAGAUUCAGCAGUCAACAACGGGAGCAGCGUGCACGCCCUGCUACCCCACCUGGAGUCAAUCGAUCGCAUGAUGGGGCUACCGGUCGUGGACGCUACCUGGCAGCAAACGCAAAUGGUGUACGGACGGGUCAAAGAUUCGAAUCGAUUGCUGACGUGGGCCCUCGGCAUGGUGGAGGAUGUAGUGUGCCGUGCAGCGACCGUCUCGGCACCGCUGGUUCACCGUCUCGACCGUCCGCUGCAGCUCGUCGACCAGACGCUAGUGCGCGGGAUCGACCGGCUGGAGGUGAAUGCGCCGAUCCUCAAGGAGCAACCGGCCGAGAUCUAUCAGCAGGCACGGACGCGCGUCCUCGAAACCAUGAAGCCACACCUCGAACGGGUGUGCGAGUUGCGGUCGGCCUCGCAGCAGCGGGCGGCCACACUGAAGGAACUGUCAUGGCGGAAGGCGAACGAGGUGUUGGCCACUCAGUACGGUUGUCUUGCCGUCGAUGGCAUCGACACGACGGCCUCGGUGGCGGAGCGUCUGCUCGAUUACUACUUCCCCAAGCGGGAGGACGAAUCCGACGACGAUAACGCACCGGUGGGCGCGAAGGAGGAUCCGGUACUGCACACCGUCCAGACGGUUGGCCGUCUCUCGAAUAAGGUGGCCCGGCGCGUAUACCGUACCGUGUCGCAGCGCGUCAAGUCGCUCGGUCUGCAGGAUGUGCGCGACUACGUCGCCACGCUGAUCGCGGUGCUGCGCCUCACGCAGUACCUCAACUUCAUCAACGAGAAGCCCUUGAUGGUGGAGGAGGACACCAGCAGCACCAACAACCACGAAAGUCGUGCUGUGGCGAAUUCCUCUCCUUCUUUCAUCUCCUCCCCGACCACUGGCUCCUCCGCUUCCAACUCGGGAGUGUCCAAUACUACCAGCCGUACCGCUAUUACAGACAAUAGUGACGCCUCCACCACCAGCGAAGCCACCGGUACAGACGAAAAGGCGUCGAAGAAGAAAAUAGUGAUGUAAAGAAUCAGUUUGGAGAGCUUUGUUUUCUUUUUAGCUGGGAGAUGGAAUGAUAAAUUGGAGAAAUUUGGCAGCAGCAGCAGCAAGAACACUAGGGGGAGAGAUGUCCGUAGCAAUAGCAUUUCGCGGUGACUAUGACUUCGCGUGACGUUUUGUGCCGCAUGUGGUCGUUUACUAUUAAGAGAAACUCUGGUGAUUUGCACCAAAGGUGUGACCACCGGUUGGUCACCACGGGAAAAAAGGGGUAGGGAAGGGGAGAAAAGUUUGAGAAGAGCAAUAGGGACGCGGAGGUCGCCCACUAGGCUGCCUACGGGGUGAUUUUGUUUGAGAAGAAGACGCCCCCGAGUUCGAGCUGCAACACUAGAAGAUUAAGUUUAUAUGCAAAUUGAGUAAGUUUUUGAAAUAAAAGUAAAAUAAAGGCAAAACCUAUGAAGCCAGGAUUAUAUGUGGCUUCGCAAAGUAUACAUAUGGCUUCGAGGUUUAAUGAUGAAAUGC